AUGAUUGAGUUGGGAUUUCCUAUUAAGUUCCUCCAAUGGGUGCUUACAUGUAUGAAGACCGUUUUCUACUCAAUUAUCAUCAAUGGAGAACCUGCUGAACCAUUUCCAGCUGCAAAGGGAUUGAGACAGGGAGACCCCAUGUCUCCUUUCCUCUUUGCAAUUGCUAUGGAGUACCUGAGUAGAAGCUUGAAUGGACUGAGGAAAGAAAAGGAAUUCAAAUAUCACCCAAGGUGUGCUAAGCAUGGCAUAACUCAUCUGAGCUUUGCAGAUGAUCUGCUAUUAUUUGCAAGGGGUGACAUGACCUCAAUAACUCAACUACAACACUGUCUUAAUCAUUUCUAUGCAGCUUCAAGUUUAAAGGCUAAUCAUGAAAAGAGCUCAAUUUUCUUUGGAGGAGUUACUCAGUUGGCUUAUUGGUCUCAACUGUUUCUAAUACCUAGCAAGGUACUGAAGACUAUUGAGGCAUACUGCGGAAGCUAUGUAUGGUCAGGAGUUAAUACUAUCACAAGAAGAUCUUUGGUGGCAUGGGACAAAUUGUGCACACCUAAAAGUGUUGGGGGACCGAACCUAAUCAACCUUAAGCUAUGGAACAAAGCAGCAGCAGCAGCAAAGAAUUACUGGGAUCUAGCAAAUAAAGAGGACAAGAUGUGGAUCAAAUGGAUUCAUGCAUACUAUAUAAAAGGGCAACAGAUAUCUAAUAUGCCAAUACCACAGCAGGCAUCCUGGCUAGUUAGAAAAAUGAUAGAGGCAAGAAGAUCAGUGACAACAAUUCAUAUCCAGCAAAAGCAGAAUAAUAGCAUGAUCAGACAGUUAUAUUUGGCUAUGUUGGGACAAUUACCAAAGGUGGACAGGGAAUGCAGUCUAUGUCAAAAACAUGAUGAAAACAGAAAUCAUAUCUUCAUUGAAUGUGAGUAUACUAAGAAUGUUUGGACAAAGCUACUGAAAUGGAUGCAAAGGCAACAACUGUGGGCAACAUCCUGGGAUCAACACUGGCAACGGGCAGCUAAGAAUGCAAGAGGGAAAUCAAGUAAAGCAGGAAUAUUCAGAAUGGUAUAUGCAGAAGCAAUUCAUGAGAUAUGGAACGAGAGAAACCUUAGGAUAUUUGAAAAGCAAAGCAAGAAAGCUGAAGACUUAGCUAGGAACAUAGCAUGCAUAUGUAAUGUUAGAGCAACAAAUCAAAAUAGGCAGCUUAUACAGAAUUUUCAGUUUUGA